CGCCCCGGUGCCCGGCCGAAACCCUAGCCUCGGCGACGUCCAGUCUUCCCCGACGCCUCACGCCGGGGGAGAGUUAGCAGCAGGCGACGAGACCGUCAGGUGCGACAACGUCCAGAGCUAAGUCCGAGAGUCUGCUGCAACAUGAAGCCCAAGGUUGCCGCAGCUGGCGGUGGCGAGAAGGGCCGCACCGUGGACCCAUCGCUGCCGCGGUUCAAGUGCCAGGAGUGCCACCGGGCGCUCGUGGUCGUCGGUGUGGAGUCCUUCCCUGAUAGGCUGCCCGCUCACACCAACUCAGGUAUGCAUGCAUCCUCUGUCCAGGGCAGUAUCAUGGGGGCGAGCAGGAUGGACAGUUCUUACGUCGUGCUAUCCAAGCAGAACAAAUCUCAAAGCCCUGGAAUUCCCCCACGCCCACCAACUGCAGCAGCAGCCCGGCAUGUCGAACCUAACCAAUCAACAAGAGCAAUAGAGGGGUCAUAUAUAAUGCUUCCACCUGCUGCUGCUUCCAUAUACAAGACAUCUGCCUCUGAAGGAGGUGGUGCACAUCUGCCACCUCCAAGUCCUAACUCCACUAGCCCUUCGCCAGGAAACAAUUCUGGAUUUCACUCUAGUGUGACUGUAUUAAAGCGGGCAUUUGAGAUUGCUAGUUCACAAACUCAGGUUGAGCAGCCACUCUGUCUGGAAUGUAUGAGGGUGCUUUCUGAUAAGAUGGAUAAGGAGAUUGAGGAUGUAAAUACUGACAUUAAAGCUUAUGAUGUGUGUCUUCAACGUUUGGAGCAAGAAUCCUACAACAUACUUAGCGAAACUGAUUUCAACAAGGAGAAACAAAAGAUAGAGGAAGAAGAGAAGAAACUAAAAGCUGCUAUUGAAGAGGCUGAAAAGCAGUAUUCAGAAGUUACUUCUGAGAUGAAGAAACUGGAAAUGAAGUCUAAAGAAUUUGAAGAACUAGAAGAGCGGUAUUGGCAUGAAUUCAACAGUUUCCAGUUUCAGCUGACAUCUCACCAGGAAGAGAGAGAUGCAGUUUUGGCAAAGAUAGAAGUUUCACAGGUUCACCUGGAACUGUUAAAGCGCACAAACGUUCUCAAUGAUGCAUUCUACAUUUCACAUGAUGGAGUGAUCGGAACAAUAAACAACUUCCGUCUCGGUCGUCUCCCUAAUGUACAGGUUGAGUGGGAUGAAAUAAAUGCUGCUUGGGGCCAGGCUGCUCUUCUGUUGCAUACCAUGGCUCAGUACUUCCCAAAAUUUAAGUAUCCUUGA